GCCUCUUUUGUCAACUUCAACCGCUCUCCAGAACGGAAUAAUAAAAUAGCACCAACAGCCCACGCGGAGGAAAAAAAAAGCUGUUCUUUUUAUCGGCGCCGUUGAAAUUUUUUUUGACUCCGUUUGAUCGUUGAACGUUCAGCCACCCGUUUUUGUUUUCAGCGCGUGUGUUUUGUUUACCGCGAUCUAUUAUCUUUCUUUACUCGUUUCUACCACAUCCGUUGCUGUCACCUAGAACUCACACAGUCGUCUCUGGAACACCUGUGAGAGCGUCAUCGUAUUCUCCUUGGGAAAAGCAAACAAACAACCAAACGCAGAACAAGAGCUAUUAGACCGCGCAACGAGCGAUGAGCGAGAAUCCGAAGCCCACCAACCCCGACCCGGUCGUCGCCAACGAUGACGCCGCGUCGGACGACGGCAGCGAGAGCAAAGUGGAUGUGGCGGCACCCACCACCUUCAUUCCCACCGCCGGCCGCGUCGAGGUGCACCCGCUUGUGCUGCUGUCGCUCGUGGACCACUACGCUCGCAUGAACACGACGGCGCUGCAGAAGAAGCGAGUGGCGGGCAUCCUGCUUGGUCGUUACGUCCGCGAUCACACCGGGCUGCAGACGCUGGACAUCAACAACAGCUUCGCCGUCCCCUUCGACGAGGACCCGCAGGACGCCGAUGUGUGGUUUUUCGAUACCAACUAUGCUCAGGAGAUGUUUGCGAUGCACAAGCGCGUUCUGCCGAAAGUGAGGGUAGUCGGCUGGUACUCCUCCGGCCCUACGAUCCAGCCGAACGACAUGCUGCUGCACCUCCUCGUUGCCGACCGCUUCUGCCCGAACCCUGUUUACUGUGUGGUGAACACCGACCCCAACAACAAGGGAGUGCCGGUGCUGGCGUACACGACGGUGCAGGGCCGCGAGGGCACCCGCUCGCUCGAGUUCCGCAACAUCCCAACCCACCUCGGCGCCGAGGAGGCGGAGGAGAUCGGCAUCGAGCACCUCCUUCGGGACCUCACCGACUCCACCAUCACCACCCUCUCCACCCAGGUGCAGGAGCGCGAGCUGUCUCUCAUCCACCUGUGCAAGGUGCUGCGCCAGAUCGAGGAGUACCUGCAGGAUGUCGGCAACGGUGUGAUGCCCAUCUCGGAGGACGUGCUAGAGGUGCUUCAGGAGCUCAUCAGCCUGCAGCCGGAGAUUUACGUUCAUCGUUCGUCGACGGAGAUGAUUCGCCACACCAAUGACGAGGCCAUCGCAACGUUCUUAGCCGCUGUCGCCCGCUGCAUCGGCGCGCUGCACGAGGUCAUUCUGAACCGUCGCAAGCUCGCACGUGAGCUGCAGGAGAUCAAAGACCGACGCGCGCGUGCAGCGGAGACGAAGCUCGAGAACGAAAAGAUGAAGAUCGAGGAAGCCGCCAAGGAGAAGUCAGAAACCAAACAGGCGUAG